AGCUUAAUUUGUGCUAAUUGUCGUACGACAACUACUCCCCUUUGGCGUAGAGAUGAACAAGGAAAUACGAUUUGUAACGCAUGUGGUCUCUAUUAUAAGUUGCAUAAUGUACACCGACCUGUCAGUAUGAAGCGUACAGUGAUUAAGAGAAGAAAGAGA